GGCGGCAGCGGCGGCGGCGGCUCCCUGGCUCUUCCAUGAGCCGGUGGCGGACCCUCCCGCGCCCCCUCUCGCUCUGCCUCUGCCUCUGGCUGGCCACGGCCGUGGCGCGGGGAGCCGCGCAGUCAGCUCUUGCCCCUGUUCUUUGCCUCUCGUUCUGUUGGUGAAGAUAUCACAGUGAUGUCUGCAUUCAACCUGCUGCAUUUGGUGACAAAGAGCCAGCCAGUAGCCCUGCGAGCCUGUGGGCUUCCCUCAGGGUCAUGUAGGGAUAAAAAGAACUGUAAGGUGGUCUUUUCCCAGCAGGAACUGAGGAAGCGGCUAACACCCCUGCAGUACCAUGUCACUCAGGAGAAAGGGACCGAAAGUGCCUUUGAAGGAGAAUAUACACAUCACAAAGAUCCUGGAAUAUAUAAAUGUGUUGUUUGUGGAACUCCAUUGUUCAAGUCAGAAAGCAAGUUUGACUCCGGCUCAGGUUGGCCUUCAUUCCACGAUGUGAUCAGUUCUGAUGCGAUCACGUUCACGGAUGACUUUUCCUACGGGAUGCACCGGGUGGAAACGAGCUGCUCUCAGUGCGGCGCUCACCUCGGGCACAUUUUCGACGACGGACCUCGUCCCACCGGCAAGAGAUACUGCAUAAACUCGGCUUCCCUGUCGUUCACGCCGGCCGAGGGCAGCGGCGCCGAGGGCAACAGUGGGGCGACCCCCCCACCCCCCCUGGGGGACAGAGCCGAGCUGUAGGGUCCCGGAGAGCCGGGCAAACAAGUGUACUUAACGCGCAGCUUGUGAAAAACAGCAAAUACUCCGAAUUGUCUAUCUUAGAUCUAUUUUUUCAAGAAAUAGAAGGGCAGUUUUGUGCUAUCGAUAUUUUUCUUGUUUGGCUUAGACAGAGGCCCCAGCCGUCCAUGUAUUUUGCUAUCGACUAGAUCGGGAACUCUUUAUCCCUUCAGCGAGUGGAGAGGGCGUGGUGGAUCGCUUUCCCAGGCCACCUGAGUACCAGUUGGCAUUGUUUUCUUUGCGCACACAGCUGCUUUUGCGAUUUCUCCCCCUUGGCUUAGGAGACGGAGGGUGCUCGGGGUUCCCACCAGAGAUCCCCUCCGCGGUGGUGAGAGCAGAGCCCCCAGCUCGGGGCGCACGCCUGCAAGACACGUGGCCCAGCGGCAUUUGGGCAGGCCUACCUGAGACAGGGCGGACGGAUGCCCGAGGAGACUGCUCAGCUCUGGAAAGUUUGAGCUAAGGUCAUUUAUUCUCACUAAAAGGGUGUGAAGGUCUGAAGUCUUUCCUUAUGUUAAAUUGUUGCCAGAUCUGAGGGUGGGGGGCAGAGAGUUACAGUGAGUGUUGUGGUGGAGAAGUAAACAUUACCUCACGGUGAGGCCUUUAUUUUAUUUUAUUUUAUUUUCCAUUGAAAACAUUGGAAUGUAAGACAACGGUAAAAUGCCGAGCCCUGUUUUGCCCAAAGGCCGUGCAGAGAGCACCUGACGUGGCCUUUUUGAAGUCCAUCCCUCCACACCUAGCACCAGCUGCUGCUGGGAGGGCAUUUUGGUAAAUCCCACUGUGUAAAAUAAAAUACUGGGACAACACACCUCAUCAAGGCAGCAGAAGUAAGAGAGAGCCGAGAGGACCAAAGAGAAGUCCUGGGUAUUGAAAUACCCAGGGCUGAGCGGAGAAGCUGACAAUAGACUCCAAGUAACAGAGCCCAAAGCUGGGGAUCUUGUGCACAGAAAUUUGGGUGACUUCUGGAAGGAUGCAGGGGCUUAAAAUGGAAAGAACCAGGAGCUCAAGUCCUACCCUGCUGUGUGACAAGGGGAUAAGCCAUUUAGCCUCUCCAUGCCUACUCUUCGUUUAAAAACCAGGACUUACAUUAUUUGUAAAAUAAUUGACACUCUCAGGGCAAAUUUACUGUAUUGCUGUACCAUUAAGAUUGGUGUUGUAAAAUUAAACUGAUCUGGUUUCUAACUGCCUCAAAGGCUGAAGCCCAAGCAUUUGAAAUGGAAAGAAGCAGAGAGAGAGGUUGGCUUAGCUAAUUGGUAUGAAAACAGUUGGGCCAAGAGCCAGAAGUUUUUCUUUGUAGCAAUAUGGCUGGUUUUACUCUGAGAAGCUCUGCUCUGUUGCUGUGUAAUGCUUACCGGAAUGGAUGUCAUUGUGUGUGAUAAAGUUUCCACAGGCAUGAACAGUGAUGAUUUAAGAUGAUAUUGCCAUAGCCAGGUUUGAGGGUAUAGUUUAUGAUGGAUAGAUACUGUGUUCGUAGCCACAAAUGCUAAUCCUGCAAUGUAGUUUUUUUUUUUUUUAAAUAUUACUUUUGUAAAUCUUUGAAAGCUUAUGGAAACUGACAUCCUACCUUGUAAGCACCAAGACAAAAAUAAGAAAGAGGGACACUUGACAGUUUUACAAUGAGAAACAAUGAGAAGUUAAAAUGAAAAGUGACAAAUCCAAGUGGCAGUGUGGUCAUGGCCACAUUCUUCCACGUGUCUACACAUGCUCCCUGGCGAGGCCCUGCCUGAUACUCUGGUGACUUCCAUGUCACUUAUACUCUAGCUUCACCGUGCCAGAUGAGUCAUGUUCUUCCAGCCCCCAGCUGUUUCACCUCAGGCCCUGGCGUCCUUGAAUUGAGAUGUAAGAUUUAAGACCGUGGAAGCCACAGCCCCCAGACCAUCCUGGCAGCCCGUCCCAACCUCACAGAGGAACCCCAUCAUUUCCCAGAGACCCAAGGAUCCCAUGUGGGAUUGGCUAAAGAAGAGAGUCUCCCUGGACUUCCCUGCCACAGUGGACAUCUGUCCCUUGGGCCACAUAGCACUUCUCCCAUUGCUCCAGCUACAUAUAGUAGCCUGCCCCAGGUUUCUGCUGGACACGCCACUGGGUCGAGGUAGACAAGAAAGAUAAACAAGGGGCUUCUUCCCCCUCCCCAGAGAUUCUGGACUCUCAUUGUUCUCUCAUUUUUAUUAUCAGGCUGAACAUUACCCUCUAAAAACUCCUUUUCUAAUCCUUAUCUUUGUUCCAAGGAAAGCUGGCUUUUCUCCUACCACAUUUUCCAGCAUCAACUUUAGGGAAAAUGCAACAUCCAUCGAAAAAAAAAA